AUGGAUAAUUUCGAGCUUCUAGAACAGGAACUCUCUAAAUAUAUUGUCAAAAUUGAUGACUAUGCAAAGACAAAAAGCAUCGGAAAGGGUGGAUAUGGAAAAGUUGAUAUCGCAAUCGAUCAGAAAACCGGAAAAAAAGUUGCCAUCAAAGAAUUAUUUCUAACAAAGCUUGAAGGCCGCCAAUUAAAAUUAUACUGUCGAGAAACAAGAAUCUUAGCAAAAUGUAAUUCUAUGUUUUUACUCCAUUUAAAUGGCUUUUCCACUACUCAUCCCUACAUUAUUGUUACAGACUAUAUAGAAAAUGGUUCUCUCUUUGAUGCAUUGCACCAUAAAAAUGGAGCUCCUCAGCUUACACCUACUAAUAAAACAAUAAUAGCCACUGGAAUUGCUCAUGGCAUGAUGUGCUUACAUAAAAUGGGCAUCAUGCAUCGAGACUUAAAAUCACUUAAUAUUCUACUCGAUCAAAAUCUAUAUCCAAAGAUAUGCGAUUUCGGAAUUUCAAGAUUCAAGAAUGAAGAUACUGUCCAAACAAACCAAAUUGGUACUCCUCAUUGGAUGGCUCCAGAACUAUUUGAAUCCAAAGAGUACAACUACAAAGUUGACGUUCAUGCUUUUGCAAUUAUUUUAUGGGAGCUUCUUACCGAACAAACUCCUUUCAGAGGAAAGAAUGCAAUGCAAAUCAUGACUGAAGUUACACGUCUUGGAGAAAGACCAUUUAUUCCCAAAGGGACACCAACACCUUUAUCAGAUCUCAUGAAAUUAUGCUGGUAUCAAACACCAAAUGAGCGUCCAAACUUCCAGCAAAUCUACAAACUCUUCAAAGAGAAGAAGAUCAUGUUUGCUGGGACUGAUGAAGAAGCUUUUUCAAAAUUCAUUCAGAUUAUCGAGAUUGAAGAAGAAAACUCAAAGCGGGAAAAGUUACCAGAUAUCUUAGAAAAGGUUGACCACUCAGAAGAAACAAUUGAUGACUUAAUCGAGCUCAUAAGGAAAUUCAAGAGAGAAACAUUCGAUAUAACAUUGAACAACAUUGUCACGAGAAUUACUCCUGAUAAAUAUCAAUCAUUUUUCACAAAAGUUCAAAAUGUGCUUCUUAAGAAUCCUCCAUUCACUGUUAUCUCAAAAGUCAUUGAUGCUUGCGCACAAAUUUGCGCAAAAGAUACAAAAGCAGUUCAUGAAUUCGUUUCGGCAGAUAUUUUACAACACAUUCCAUUAGGAGAACCGGAUAUUUUCAUCAGUUUCUCUUUAUUAUGCGAAUAUGUUAUUCCUUUGUAUCCGAAUAUCCUGUCUGUUGAUCAAUUGAGAUUAAUUAUUGGAAGAAAUCCUUUAUUUAUGUCAAAAGUUGUCCAAUUAAUUUCAUCAAUUUUAUUAUCAGAUAAGGGAGCUAAAGACAAAAAUGAAAUAAUUAAUCUUCUCUUCCAAUCAAUCCCAACAAUCAUUGAGAAACAAGACAGUGGUAAAUCCAUAAAAUAUCUUUCAAAUAUCUUCACAACACUCAAUGGAAGCUAUUUAGAAAGAUACAAAGAUAUUUUAUCUCAGUUGUUAAAAUCAGGAGAUAUUAGAAGAGUUAAUGCAUUAUACAACUGCUUGCAUAAUACAGAUGAUAUUUCUCCUAGUGAAGAUCUCUUGAUUAAGCAUCUUGAGAAUCCUGAUACAAUGAAAGCUGCUCUUUUGUAUCUCAGAGAAACAAACAGUACUUUGUUAUCUAAUAAUGUUGUAACAAUGCUUUUCAACUUAUGCAUCAAUAAGUAUUCUGCAAUUUUAGCAAUUGCUAAUUGCUGUGAUAAUCCAGAAACAGCCAAAAAUGUUUUUCAAAAAUUGGAUUUGCUUAUUUCUGACAAGUUUGAUGCGAUCGGAGCUAUUCAUAUCCUUACUGUUUUAUCUGAGAGGCAUGGAUACGCACACCAAAUCUUGCAGACAAAAGGUAUAGACCAGCUCUUUGUAAGAGUAUUGAAAGAUAGGAGAUUGCAAUCAAUAUCAACUAUUAUUCAAUUGAUUGCUAAUUCCAAUGUUGAUAAUUCAAUUGCUGUCAAUCUAGAAAGCAAUAACUUCAUCAAAGAACUCAUAAAUUAUGCAACAAAUGAGGAAUCGCAAGCUUCUCAAUAUGCUGUUGUAACGUGUUUAGAUCUUCUUGCUGGAUUCAAUUACACAGAAGAUUUCAAACUCGCCAAAUCACUUUCAAGGACUAUCAAUGAUGAUAACAAAGUGCAGUUGAUCUAUUCAUCUUUCUUAUCAAAGAUGCCAGAAGGAUUUUAA